UGAUGAUUUAGUGUGUUCCAGCUUAUUCUGGUUUAGGUUUAGUUCUGCCCGUGUAAAGGCCGUGUUUCUUAGUCUGCGUCUUUGUGUAUUGUUUCCUGUUUUAUUUUGAAGGAUUGUGUCUUUUGUCAGUGUGUCCAGCUUCGCUCCCCCUGUCUCGUUAGCCCUUAUCUCUCCCAGCUGUGUCUCCCUCCUGUUUUCCAUUCCCUGAUUACUCCCCUGUGUAUAUAGCCCUGUGUUUGCCUUUGCUCAGUGUCGUGUUGUACCCUCAGAUCCUGCCUGUGUGUUUCUGUUUCUCAGCGUUCAUUGUUCUGUUUAUGUUUUGUUCAUUACCAGCAAUAAAGCUGUGGGUUUUUUGAGUUGAAAUCCUGUCUCCACGAGUCCUGCAUUUGGAUCCUCACCUCCGCCUGCCCGCACACAGAGCCCUGACAGAACGACGCGACCAUAACAUGGAUCCAGCAGACUCGCCUCACCUCGAGGGAGAGGUGGAUCUUGCUCGCAUCCUCGGACUGAUGAGUCACAUUAGCCACACCUCGAUUUGCGGACAUUCUCAGUCGGGCUGAGUGCAAAAGAAGCCAUAUUUGGCAAAAUUCCUCACCUACGCCAGCUCUCUAUAGCCUUUCGUUGACCCAGGCUAAUAAGGCAGUCAAAGCCCGGGAGCUGCCCCAAUUCACCCUCAUCUCCUCAUCCACACCGCCUCAGCGAGCAACCCUCUCACGCUGCCGCAGCGGACGGAGCUCUCUUCAGCACUGCUGCAGCAACUACAGUCGCAGCAUCGGACUUCUUCCUCCCUCACGUCUGGUUCUGACCACCCCUAACCUGCUUCAUGUCUGGCAGGAAUGUGGUCAGAGGAUGAGGAGUCGGUCACCGCUGCUCCCAUACCUUCUGUUUCCUUUGCCGCUCCCGUUUCCAGGAGGAAGCGGCGUUCUUGUCAUCGCCGCCCCUCACCACAGCCGGAGUCCAGUUCCUGCUCCAAACGGCCGGACGUGGGCAGCUCAGGUCCGGCUUUCCCUUGCACCCAUACCAGCUCCUCGGGUGGGGGUGGCUGAGGUCCAGCUGGUGCCUGCUUCAGUUCCCAGGCUAACUGAGGCUCCGUUCAUCCCUGCACCUGUACCCACUCCUUGGGUGGGAAUGGCAGGCACCCAGUCCCUGCCAAUGCCUGUCCCGGUUCCCCGGGUGAGGGCACCCAUGACCCUGCCGAUUUCUGCGCCAGUUUCGGUUCCUCGGGUGGAAGCAGCAGAGGUCCAGCUAGCUCCUGCACCUACACCGGCUCCCAGGGUAAAGGCAACUCAUCCCUGCACCCGUAUCUGUUCCUUGGGUGGUGAUGGCUGGUGUUCAGCCAAGCCCAGUACCCGUACCUGUUCCUGUUCCCCGGAGGAGAGCUGCUGAGAGUCGGUUGCCUGCUCAGUCGCGAGUUCAACAACCAUCACUACCACCACUACAACUUCUGUUUCAGUUGGCUGCCCAGUCGGCAGCUGCAGCAAUUAGUGCAACUAUCCAUUCAGCUACUCACUCAGCCAGGGGUCUCAAUGCCUUCUGGUCCUGCAUCAGCUCCUGCUGGAAGCUCUAGAGAGCGAAUCCAGCACUCCAUGGCUGCCAUGCCACUGUCUGUCUCUGCUGGCAGUUCAGGAGAACUGUUUCAGCCAUCUGCCUCUGCUGGAGGGUCCGAGGGGCCCGUCCAGUCGUCUUCUGUUUUAGCUGGGGGUUCAGGAGAACCCAGCCAGCAUCAAGUCUCGUCAGCUGGGGGUUUUGGAGAGCCCGGCCAGCAUCAAGCUACGUUAGCUGGGGGUUCAGGAGAGACCGGCCAGCAUCACGCCCCGUCAGCUGGUGGGUCCGAGGAGCCAGUCCAAUAUUCAUCCUCAUCAGCUGGGGGUCCUGGAGGACCCUGCCAGCACAUCCUCGUGUCCGCUGAGGGCUCUGGGGAGCCCAUUCAGCCACCACCUGCAACUUCCACACCGUCGCCUGCAGCGUCACCACCUGCAACUUCCACACCGUCACCUGCAGCAUCACCACCUGCAACUUCCAUACCGUCACCUGCAGCGUCUGGUUCCACUGGUUCCGCAGCUGCCACGCUGCCGUCUGGUCCCACCUCGUCUGGUCCUGCAGUUGCCACACUGCCGUCUGAUCCAGCUCGGCCUGUACCACCGCCUCUGCAGGCCGCUUUCCAGGCCUCUAGCUGGACGUCAUGGUCGUCGAGGGCAGCCUCCGGAACGAGUUCAUCGCCGCCACUGGCUUCGCGGCCGGCCUCCGGACCUGUUCUGUCGCCGCCACUGCCUUCCGUGUGGCCGGCCUCCUGAUUUGCUUCGCCUGCGUUGCCACCGCCGCUGCUGUCUGCACGGCCAGCCCCCCGAACUGUUUUGGACUUGGCUCAUGUGCUGUUGACCUCCAGGUCGAUCCCCUGAACUUGUUUUGGUGGACUCGUGAUUGAUCUAGUUUUGUGUUGAACUGUUUUCGUGUGUUUAUGGACUGAUCUAGCCCCAUGCUCCUUGUUUUUUGUUUUGUUUGAUGCUGUAAACGGACCAAACUUCAGUCAGGAGAACAACUGAGAUAAUCCAUCCACAAUACGAGGUUAGUUAUUAAUAUACUGUUGCAUGGGCUGAGCUGUAGUUACAUUAUAACGUUUUAAAAAUUGAGCUUUGAAACGUGCUGCUGAUGAAUAGUGGUAAUAAAA